GCGGCCACCGCCCAGCCGAGCGCAGCUCCCGCGCGCCUUGAUGCUGCUGGCCGCGCUGCUGGCCACUGGCCGAGGGCUCCCACUGAGGAAGCGAGAUCCCGGGCCCCACGACCACUCGAGGAUGGCGGAGGCCUCCCCCGCCCCAGAUCUCAGCUCCUCCAAAGACAAGGACACAACACCAGGAUUUCCUGGAGACCAUCUGCAGACAGAACCAUGUCGUCAAUCCAGGUGCCAGACCCUCCCUGAGCCAGCAGCUCUGACUCUGGGUCCAGCCACCUCUCCCAGGACCCUGGAACACACACCUCUGCUGCUGGAGCUGCAGAAGCUGCCAGGGUUGGCCAACACAGACUUGAGCGCACCAAACCCCAAUAUCCAGGUGUCCAUCGAGGUGGUGCAGGACCCUCAGGCUGAGGUAGAGAUGGACCUGCCUUCUGAGCCCAGCAAUCUCUGGCCCCUGCAUGCCACUAGCUGGUUGCCCACCAGGGAACUCUUUUGGCCCCUCUUCUGGGGCUACCAGGAAGGUGAAGAAGGAGCCACCAGCCUCAAAGCCAGGGCUCCAGGGGAAGCAGAGGAGGAAGAAGGAAAGGACUAUGCUGUGGAGUACGGCGAGGGUGAGGACCAAAAGGGAACCGAGGAAGACGAGGAUGAGGAGCCUUGGUCUAGUGGGGCCAUAGACAACUGGGACUAUGGCUGGUUGGGUCCUCAGGAGCAGGACUUGCAGGACCCAGACAGCUAUGACUAUGAACCCCAGGAGGAGUGGAGCACCUGGUCUCCCUGCAGUGGGAGCUGCGGCAGCGGCCACCAGCAGAGAAUGCGGCCCUGCGGCUAUGCCUGCACUGCCACAGAGUCCCGAGUCUGCGACCUUCCCCCCUGUCCUGGCACCGCAGAGGAGAACACGUUGGGCUUUCCCAGUGAGGGGUGGCAGCCCCUUGCCCACAAUGCAACGGAUAUGCUUGAUCCAGAUGUGGACAGCUGUGAGAAGUGGCUGAACUGCAAGAGUGACUUCCUAGCUAAGUACCUGAGCCAAGUGCUCAAGGACCUGCCCAGUUGCCCGUGUGCAUACCCUCUGGAGGCAGUGUACAGCGCCGCUGUGAGCCUGCAGGAUGAUCAUCAGGGCCGCAGCUUCCAAUGGCGGGAUGCGAGUAGUCCACAGGAGCGCCUGGAUAUCUACCAGCCUACCGCGCGCUUCUGCCUGCGCUCCAUGCUGUCUGAGGAGAGCAGCACCUUGGCUGCCCAGCACUGCUGCUAUGAUGAAGACAGCCGGUUGCUGACCCGUGGCAAAGGGGCAGGGGCUCCGGACCUAGUCAGCACCGACUUUUCACCUGAGCUGCACUUCAAGGUAGAUAGGCUGCCCUGGAUCCUGUGCAAGGGGGACUGGAGCCGCUACCACACUGUGCGCCCCCCCAACAAUGGCCGGGCCUGCACAGACAACCCACCAGAGGAAGAGUACCUGGCUCAACUGCAGGAGGCCAAAGAGUACUAAAGAGGAAUUAGAGCAUGCUCCUUCUGCCCUUUACCCGGCCCCUGCUCAGACUGGGCAACUAGUAGGGCUCAUCUGAAAGGCUAUCAGGCAUACAUGGGCCCCUCUUGUGACCCUGAGUCAGGAGAACUCAUCUCAGGGUCUGGUGAGAAGGUUGGAGGGUGUGACAGGCAUAAGGCCUCUGGGAUGUGUUGGGAAGGGGAGGCCAUGGGUCUUUCCCUCUUUCUCAGAACGGGGCCCUGUUCGGGAUUGAGCCAGGGUGGU